GCAGUCCAUCCCCAACAUAACACAACACACACUCGGUCUCGUUUCAGAUUCACGAGUCACGCCCAUAUAAUGGCGGUCGCUUACUUUAUGUACAGGCCUCUGAGAUCCUUGGUUUGUAUCGGAAUUGGUACUUUUCUUUAUUGUCGCUUCCCACACGGGCCAUUCCCUUAUAUUGACUCGCUUAUUGAACGGUUUACAGCAGAUGAAUCUUCAAUGGCAGAAAAAGAGUUACUAGCAAGAAAAAGAGAGGCAAAAAUCAAGAUGGAUAGAAUCUAUCACAUAAUUCGCAAGAAAGGAGGGGCAGCAAAUUCUAUGACUUUGGGGGAGUUGGCUGAGGAUCUUAAGGACUUUGGAGGUAUGUGGAGCAACUUGGCUGAAUCUAAAGGAAACAACAUGGCUGAAUCUUAAGGACGAGUGGUUUGAAUCUGGAGUUGUGAAUAAACCGAAUCUAAAGGAAGAAGUUUGAAGACAGGUUGAUGUGAGACUAGGAUAUUCAUGAUUGAUGCGCAUUGCUUUUUGAUAUACUAGUUAGGGCAGCACGUGCCUUGCACAUGCUAACCAUGGGAAAAAAAAGUAGUUAUUAGGAUCAAUUUUAGAUUUUAUUUGUAUCACAAAAUAA